AUGCGCGUUGCUAUCAUUGGCGGAGGCCCAUCUGGUCUUGUCCAGCUCAAAACUCUCACGACUGCCCACGAACACUUCCCUUCAGCCGAGCCCUUCGAGACCAGACUCUUCGAAUCCUAUGAUAAACUCGGUGGCGUCUUCCUCCAUCACGUCUACGAAGAUGCCGAGCUCGUCUCUUCCAAGUUCCUCACUACAUUCUCCGACUUUCGUCCCCGUCCUGAAGACAACGACUUCUUCUCCUCAGAGCGUUAUAGGGAAUACUUGGAGGAGUAUACCACAUAUUUCGACCUUUGGCCUUAUAUCCAUCUGAGUACAGCCAUCACGGGUGUUAGAAGAGGAGACACAAGUGAACAUGUCGUCAGUUACAAAGGCCCCAAUGGCGAGGAGAUCGAGUGGGAGUGUGAUGCCAUUGCUAUUUGCUCAGGCGUGCACUCAAAAGCACAUAUCCCAAAUAUCCCUGGCAUUGAAAAUGUCCCCGAGGUGAUACAUUCAUCAGACUUCAAGAAGCGAGAGCAAUUUGGAACAGGAAAGACAGUCAUGGUCCUUGGCAGUGGCGAAACAGGCUGUGACAUGUGCCAUCUUGCCAUCACAUCUCCUACAAAGCAAGUUGUCUUUUGUCAUCGCGAUGGUUGGAUCGGAGCUCCUAAGCGAGCACCUGGACAGAGAUUCCUGCCGUGGCUGUUUGGGGACGAAGACUACGAGGAGCCACAGCUGCCUAUCGAUGUUAGUCAAGUUACGUUGUUUGAUUCAAUGUAUGUUCAUCCCAUGGUUCGCGAUACGAUGAUCGUGUGGGAUUAUUACCACUUCCUGGCUUUGCCUGCUGGGUGCUGGAUUUGUGGUGGUUCAGAAUAUGGUGUCGAUCAGUGGGUCGGUCAGAUCUUCAGUGAGCGAUUCCACGCUUCGAGAUUAUUCUGGAACAAAGGCUGGCAACGCAUUCAGAAUAACGUCUCUACGCCCUGGCGUCCUACCAAGUGGCCAUUGGGAACUCGCAUUCGACAGUUCUUCUUCCAAACAGCUAUUACCCCAGCUAAACGAACCAUUGACGUGGCUCCUUUCCCAUCUCACUUUACGCCUGAUGGUGUAGCUCACUUCCCAGAUAAUGGCCGCCCAGAAGCAAAGCUUAUUCAACGAUCUGUCGUCAAGCCUGACAUGGUCAUCUUUGCAACAGGAUAUGUUCCACACUUUCCCUUUCUCAACACAGAAUACAACGCUGGUCGUCGACCAUACCCCGUAUCUCACGAUGCAGAUGUCCGUCAGGUCUGGUCAUCCAAUGAUCCUACUGUUGGAUUUAUUGGCUUUGUUCGUCCUGGCUUUGGCGCCAUUCCUCCUUUGGCUGAGAUGCAGUCCAUGCUCUUUGCUACCCAUCUACUCAACAGAGUCCCACGACCUCUUCUAAAAGAUGAUGAGUGGCAUUAUCGUAUCAUCCACGCACCAAGUGCGCGAGUUACAUAUGGUGUUGAGCACGACAGCUAUGCAUACCAGCUUGCCAAGGACAUGGACAUGGCGCCCUCGUUCACUGACAUUCUCCGUAUCGCCCUGUAUACCCCCUAUGGUUGGCGUCUUCCUUAUGUUUGGGCCGGAGGAGCCAGCUUCACCGCCAAGUUCCGCCUCGUCGGGCCUUGGAAGUGCGACAGAGCGGCCGAGAUUCUCACGGGAGAACUAUGGGAGACUAUUACUCGACGUAACGGUCUUUUCGGUAACAUCCCCAUGGUUGUUGUUCCCGUUCUCUACCUAGGCAGUAUCAACCUGUACUACUACAUGCACUCUCUAUUCUGGGGAUGUCUGGCCAAGAUUGGGCUUUGUAAAGCGCCUGUGCCAAGAAACGAUGUGAAGAGAAAGUUUGAAGAGCUGGCUCAGAGGGAACAGAUGAAGAUGGUACAGGAUGCUAAGAUGGCUGCAGUGGAUGUCCGCGUGGCAGAGAUUUCAGAUGAUGACAGCGAUUUCUAG